AGUGUCUGUGCCUGUAUUCGGUGUUUUGUUAGUUCAUUUAUUCAUUCAUUAGCUGAGUGUCACUAAGUAAGGGGACAGAGGAGCUUCUCCAGUUGGGGAAAAACGGCAGCAAUGUAGGGUGUUACACACUGGCAGGGUACCCCAGACUCUAGAGCCCAGCAAACAUGCUAGGUACUGAUGGGGCUGGGGGCCAGUGAGAGGAGCUUUUAGCCAGGGUAGAGGUUCCUGGAACAGCCACGGAGAGGUGGCAUGGGGUGACUCUUGGAGACUCAGGGGGUCUUAGAGUUAGUCAGGGGAUCCCUAUCUUACUCCCAGCUGCAGGUAGGAGAGAUUCUGAAAGACAGGAACUGGUUCAGAGACUGGGAAAGACAUCCAUUACAAACAACUCAUAGGGUCAAUGCUUCCUAGCAUCUGGUAGCCACCCCCUCUUGUGGAGGAGGCCCUCCUUUCAUGGCCUAGCAGUUUCUAGGUCCACUUUUCUACCUUUAAUUACUAAACCCCAUAAUCCCCUUCUCACCUCAAGGUGCUCUUAUAUUGAAAAGCUCAUGUUAAACAGGUGGGCAAAAGACAGUCUUUGGCCUUCCUUCCCAGUAACUCCACUCCCUUCCACAGGUUAGCACUCCAUCCUUGGGGUCCAUGUGCCCACCCCAGGCCCAAGCAGAGGUGGGUUCCGCCAUGACGGAGAAAACUGAGGUGGUGUGUACCUCCAGCCCAGCACCUGCUCCUCCCUCUAAGCCUGCCUCACCUAGGCCCCUCCCUGCAGAGGAGGUAGAUCACCGAAACACGUGUACCCCCUGGUUGCCUCCCGGCGUGCCCGUGAUAAACCUGGGUCACACCAGGCCCACAGGGGCAGCCAUGCCCACCACAGAGCUCAGUGCCUUUCGGCCCUCCUUGCUGCAGCUUGCUGCCUUGGGAACGGCUCCGCCCACCCUGGCUGUACAUUACCACCCUCACCCCUUCCUGAACAGUGUCUACAUUGGGCCAGCAGGACCCUUCAGCAUCUUCCCUAACAGCCGGCUAAAGCGCAGACCAAGCCAUAGCGAGCUGGACUUGGCUGACGGACACCAACCCCAGAAGGUGGCUCGGCGAGUGUUCACCAACAGCCGCGAGCGCUGGCGGCAGCAGCACGUUAACGGCGCCUUCGCGGAGCUCAGGAAGCUGCUGCCCACCCACCCGCCCGACCGGAAGCUGAGCAAGAACGAGGUGCUGCGCCUGGCUAUGAAGUACAUCGGCUUCCUGGUGCGGCUGCUGCGAGACCAAGCGGCUGUGCUGGCCUCCGGCCCCAGCACGCCCGGGUCCCGCAAGUCACCUGCGCAGCGGGGCGUGGAGAGCAGCGCACGCUGCGGGGCCGGACACAGAGUAGAGGCUGCCCGCUCGCAGCCCGUGCUUCCUGGGGACUGCGAUGGCGACCCCAGUGGGUCAGUGCGACCCAUCAAGAUGGAGCAGACGGCCCUGAGUCCUGAGGUGCGGUGACCCAAGGCAGUGGCACCUCACCUGCUGCUCAGUGAACUCCCUGUAAAAGGGUCUCAGGUCGCCCAGAUGAGGAAACGCCCUGUAUCUCUAGACAGGUGACCGGCAACGCCGGGGGGUGGGGGGGCCUCCAUACUUUGUCCCAUAGGCUACUUGAAAGUGGCUUUGCCAGUGUCCUCUUGCCAGGGCCAAGGCCAGAGAAUCAACAGGGCCAAGUAGCCAUGGGAUCCCAGAAGUCCUGAGGGAGGUAGGGAAGGGUCUGGAAGCCUUCGCACUUCUCAUCGGCGCCCCCUGCUGGAGGCGGGGAGACCCUAGACAAGUGUGGGAGGACCGCUAUAGCCCAUGAAGUCCAACUGGUUGCGCUUGGUUGCGCUUGAUCCAUCAUCCUGUUAACCGCGACAACGAAGACUCAGGCACUCUUGCA